AUGUCGGAUACCAGCGAUACUAGAGUAUUUAAGGAGGGCUAUAACCGACUUGCGUGGGACGUGCAAGAGCCUACUUACGAUGCGGUCACAAUAAAUCCACUGGAGAGCAAAGUUACACAAGAAAACGAAGUGGACAACGAACAAGAAGACGAAAUUGACCAUAAUGUCCCUCAAAUUUCCACAGCAACUGAGAAGAACCACCUGGAAUUUACAGAACUGGACGCCCACAUAAGCAACGUCCACGAUCCCAAAAACCAGUUAGCCUCCUUGAUCAAGAACGCUCAGCACAACAAGGAAGCGCUUGCAAAAAGAAACAAACGUAUUAAGGAGUCUAAAAUGCAACAGAGGUCGCGGUACGGCUGGUAA